UGUCUCCACCGCGAUUCUCGGUCAAGUUAUCGAUAGGUUCUAGUUGAUCUGAAUCCCCCAGAAAGGCUGUUCCACAAUGCUGAGUGGGAUCGCGGCCAUCUGACGCCACCCAAAUCCCAGCUGCCUUUAAAUAACCACCUAGCACCCAUGGUUCCUACGUCGCGGCCAGGCUAACGACGUCCGAGGUCCGAUUUCUCUUUCGUGCUCCUUUUCGCUGGCAUUCAUUGUCUGUCUUUUCUGCCCAUGCCAUUGUGAAAGUCGAUCCAAGGCUCUUACUGAGCUCUUCUCAUUCUUUGAUCCUCACCCCCAACCUGAGCCUCAUACCUAGAAACCAGUCGUUACCGUCCUCGCCAUGAAGGACUUCUCAGUAGCCAGUGGGCUGCUUCUCCUCUCAGCCCUGGCCCCCGCCAGUCUGGCAGCGACUAUUGCUCUUCCGGCUGCCGGUGCUCCCAGUGUUUCGAUCGCCACCGUGACUUCGACCUAUCCCACCACUGUCACCAACGUUGUCACCACCUCUUCGGCAGUGGUCACCACCAGUGCUGUCUGUGCGACUGGCACGGCCUCUCUAGGAUCCGGCUCUUCAUGCUCCAAUUAUGCUUGGUCCUCUGCCGGUGCUUACUAUCGGGAGAUGUGUGACGGCUCCUCCAUCAGUGGAGCAGUCACCCGAGCUGUCAUGAACGUUUACAGUCGCCAGGCAAAUAUCAAUGGCUGUGAACUAUAUUGUCGCAUCUUUAACGGCAUUUGUAAUGCCGUCAAUUACUACCCGGCGGCGAGCAGUUGUCAGUACUUAUGGGCCACCGGUAAUGCAGUGGUCUCUGCCUCGGGCUAUCAGGCGCUCAGUACUUACUCCACCAACCCAUGCACGGAAACGGUCACGGCCAUGGAGACCGACUAUUUGACCGAGUAUGUGACCAGCCAGGCCACUACUGUCUAUACGGUGACGGUGACGGUCCCGACCAGCUCGGCUACAUCGACCGUCAUUUCGUUCACUCCUUCUCCGGUGUCCUCGGCUGUCACUCCCACGGCUGCGGUGCCAUCGAGUGUUGCGCCAGCCUCAUCCGUGGUUCCUUCAUCGAUUGUCAUUCCCUCAUCGGUUUCUUCGGCCCCUGCAGCUUCUUCCGCUCCUUCUUCCGCUCCUUCUUCCGCUCCUUCUUCCGCUCCUUCUUCCGCUCCUUCUUCCGCUCCUUCUUCCGCUCCUUCUUCCGCUCCUUCUUCAAUCCCCUCAUCGAUCCGACCAUCGAUUCCCUCAUCUAUUGCCUCCUCCAUUCCAGCUCCCUCUCCUUCGCUAUCCCGCUCCACUCCCGUCGUGGCUCCCAGCCCUAGUGCCGGCUCCUCUUCCCUCCCUUCUCAGCAACUCAGCUCGCCGUCACCCCUGACCCAGUCAUCCUCCGUCCUUAUCCCGCAGCAGUCAUCGUCCGCUCCCUCGCAGCCCGCGCGGGUCUCUUCUUCUGCAGUGAUCCCGGCCCCUGUCCAGUCCUCUGGCAGUGCUCUCUCCUCCACUCCAUCCUCAAGCUCCACUCAACCCUCAGUGAUCCCAUCGGCCGCCUCGAGCUCCUCCGCCGCUGUGGUCUCUCCUCACACCACCGAGCCCCCGACUGCUUCCGGGGAGGGCGACGAGGACGUGGUGACAUCGACUGUCUUGGCUACAGUUACGGUCACGGUCCUGUCCGACUGUGAUCAGGAAAGAGUUUACUGAUGAGCUGGGUUUACCUCUUCUGAUCUUGGUAGUUGCGAUGACGUAUGGGAUGCUAUGGCUUCCUGGCAGAAUAAGACUAAUUAUGUAUGAUUUAAUUAAUGAUGACAUUUGCAGUUCACAA